AUGACUUCAUCUCAACAACAAAUUGAUCAAUUGAUUCAAAAGCUAUAUAGUGAUGACAACGAAAUUAAAGUACAAACAUUAAAAGAAAUAGAUGGUGUUAUUACAACACAUUGGGCAGAAAUAUCAGAAGAACUUCCUAAAUUAAUUGAAUUGAGUGAAACAAUAGAAGGAAUAGGAAAACAAUAUGCAUAUCUUGUUAUUAGUAAAUCAUACUUUUAUAUUGAAAGUUAUGAUGAAGCAGUUAAUUAUGCAUUAAAAGCAAAUGAAUUAUUCAAAUUUGAAGGAAUGAUAAUUAUAGUGUAA